AUGCUACUGCUACAGAAGACAUGCCGAAUAAAUUAUGGAAUGCUAACACCGCUCGUAGAACAUUACAAUCAUUUGUACGCCAAAUCAGAAUCUAUAUCUGGUCUUCUAACCAGCGAUGCUUGUAAAACUCAUAGAAACUUACUUGAUGUUAACAUCACUGUUGCUACAAUAUUAAAUAUUCUAGAGACGCAAGCCAAGUUUCAGACUGAGAUAUCAUUUAUUAAUUGGAAUGAGAACUUGAGUCUCAUUAGUGUCCAAACAUCACAAUUGCUAGAAACUGCCUUUUUCGAUAGUGAAUAUUUUAAAUACGAUACUAAAAAUGAUCCUGGUUUAUAA